AGAACAGAGGGGAGAGAGGGACAGAAAGGGGGAACUUGCAGAUGUGGCUGUAUUUACAGAUCAGUUGUCAGAAAAGCCAUUUAGAGAGAACGGGGCAAAUCCCAGCACAACGACAGCAGAAGUGUACCUUUAACAGAAAAAGACAGGACGAUGUCAAGCACACGGCAUGUCAGUUCAGAAAUCAAGAGUCAUUAAGUCCGUGCGACUUAUCUUCUGUGUCUGGUAGUGCUUGAGAAAAGAUGCUUAACUGAAUUUUCAGAUGUUUAGAUGAAAGACACACUGACUCACUCUUUUAUUUCAAAUAAUACAACACAGCACUACCCUGCAUUGUUUAUUGAAAAGUGAUAAAAACGAGUCGAACCUGUCUCACAGUCAGUUUGUUUAAUUCAACGCUAUCAUUGAGAUCCAGGAUAACAUGUCCUGUUAGCAGCUGUCAUUAUCCUGUUCAGAGCAGUAAGCAAAUUAAAGCUGAGGGCAUGGGGCCGAGCGACAUCUCCUAAGACUUGUAUCCUGAUCCCGGUUAUGGUACAAUCUGCUGCUGUUAAGCCAUAAACGUGAGUAGAACUCAAUAAAGCUUAAGGGAGUGUGUGGACAAACUGUGGGUCAAAGAUAGCAUGCGUGUAUGCAUGUAUGUAUUGUGUAGGUAUUAUGCAGCGUAUGAGACAGACACACACUGAUCGUCCCUGGGUGAGAGCACACAAAGCCCUCUAUCACACACAGCUCACCCUCCCAUUUGAGUUGAUGCCCUGCUCUCGUUCCACAUUAUUUCCUCAGGACGGACACACCUAGUAUUUGAUGAAUAAUAGUUUUUCAGGUCACCCUUGAAACCUUCCACUUACGGUAAUGUGCAGUUUGGGGGCGGUCCGGUUCGCGAUAUUAAUUUGAGGCUUAGUCUCAAAUUCUUCUGUCUGAGUCCGCUGUCUCAGCGGGAGAGAGCUGUCAUCAGGGCAGCUGCGAGGCCUGACAUUAAUAUUGCGAUGUGAAAAGUGGCCCGCAUGUAGGAGAGAAACUUGAAAUUCCUUGCUAAACAAUAACUCGGAGCCUGCGAAUCUGGCAGGCGUGUGUCAAUGACUCGGACGGAGGCUUGUUUUCUCGUCUAAAUGAAUCACUUGGGGACAAAAAAGCCACCAUCAUGGGGUGAGAUGGUGAAAUGUGAGAGCAGGGCAUCUGCUUUCGGUGUAGCGAGUGUAGAGUUUGUGGCACAUGUUAUCAGUGUCAACAGCAGCCGUGCAUGGUCUCUCCCUCCCUCCCUUUCUCUCUCUCUCUCUCUCUCUCUCUCUCUCUCUCUGUAUCCAUGAUAUUGCCCCUGCCCAUGGCUGCUACUCGCUCAUUGACUCUGUGUAACUCAAUCUGAGAGGCUGGAGCCUAGCGGAGUGGGCUCGCCUGCCGUGUUCUCAUCCAGCCUGGACAGUCAGCCACGCGCUCGGCACACUGGAGAGAGCAGCUUAAGUGGCCUCUCUCUAUCUCCAUCUCGCUCUCUCUUCCGGGCCUUUUUUUUCCAUAACGGCUGUAGAGGUAGAGAGCAGAGGGUGGUGAAGGACCCCUACUGGUAAAGUGGGUAAACACGCACAGCCCUGACAUCUGUGCUGCAUGCACGAGUGCGAGAGACACAAGGAGCAAGGGAGAGAGUGUGGGGACGAGUGCGAGUGCAGCCUAGCCGUGGAGGCGUGUGGGGAGACGGGGGGAAAAAAUGCCGUGCUUCGUGGAGAGAAUUCCGCCCGAGCGUCAGGGAGAGGUGAGACGCAAACAGGAGGGCCGUCUCUUGCCAGCUGAAAGGGGUUUAUGCACUGAAAAGACCUCAGGAAAAUCCACGAUGGCCGCCAAAAGAAAAGGUGGCCUAAAACUCAACGCUAUCUGUGCCAAGUUGAGCCGGCAGGUGGUGUACGAUGGCAGCUCCCAGAACGCAGAGGGCGACCCGAGCCUGGCGGACAACAGCGAGCGGGGCAGUUCGCACUACGACGAGGGCGACAGACCCGAUAGCGAUUUCUCCGAAGGCCUGACGCUGGGCCAGAGCCUAGAGGAUGACCAGAAACGGCGUGAGGCCAUCGAGAAGUGGGUGAAUGGCGAGUAUGCUGAUGACCCGGCAUCCUUAGAUGAUGAUGAGCCAAAGGGGUCCAAAGCCAAUGGCGGAGAAGACGGGCCUCCAGAGGGCGUGUACAUGGUACAGCCCAAAGGCUGUAGUGAUGAAGAAGACAAUGGGGAUGAAGCCGAAGCAAUGCCUAUGUCCCACGAGGGCAGUUACCAUGACGACAGGGACUCAGAUAGUCCUCAAAAAGAGACGAGCUAUCCGCCAUCCAGUGAGACCCCUAACUGCCAAGCUUCCUUCUCUUCUCCAGGGGAAGCCUCUGCCCUGCGUGACUAUGCAGCCAGCACCAUGAACGAGUUCCUCCACAUGUUUGGCUAUGAGGAACAGCAGGGCCGUGACGAGCUGGCUAAGAAGAUCAGCUUUGAGAAGAUGAAAGCUGCUACCUCAGACCCCUCAUCGCUGACUAGUGAGGAGGCCACACGCCGAGCACGCUUCUCCAAGUACGAGGAGUACAUCCGCAAGCUGAAGGCCGGAGAAGCACUGCCCUGGCCCAUGCACACCAAACCCGAGGAGCUCAACUCGAAGAUAACCCCAGAAAAGAGCGCCACACUCCUGCAGCCUUCCUCCUGCCUCCCAGGAGCCGAGCCUCAGAUGUUUUCCACCAGCAUGGAGCACAAGCAAGCUCAGCUCAGCGGCAACCCAACCGGCAUUCCCACCCAUAACCUGGCAUCCCGCGCCUCCAAAUAUGACUUCUUCAUCCAGAAGUUGAAGAUGGGCGAGAGCCUGAGGCAGCAGAAUGGCAAUGCUUAUAAGAGGCCUUCCAAAUAUGACCUGGAGAAUGUCAAGUACUUGCACCUUUUCAAGCCAGGAGAGGGCAACCCUGAUAUGGGUGGGGCAAUAGCUUUCAAGACAGGUAAAGUAGGCCGGCCUUCCAAAUAUGACAUACGAAACAUCCAGAAGCUUCUCCCUGGGAAGGGUGAUUCUCCUAUGAUGCCUGGUGUUCUACCCUCCACACCGGGCACCCCCGGCACGCCCGUGAUUCCCACAGCUGCUUCUGCCGGAGCUGUUGGACCCCCAUGCUUACCGGUGGACCAGGUGGGCAAUAUGGGCUUUAACACUGACUACAUGAAGUCCAGCUUCUCCAAAACUGACUCCAUCACUACUGGAACUGUUUCCUCAGUCAAAAACGGCCUUCCUGCGGAGAAACCCGUGACAGAGGACGUCAAUGUCUACCAGAAAUAUAUUGCCAGGUUUUCAGGGAGCCAGCACUGUGGACAUGUGCACUGUGCCUAUCAGUACAGAGAGCAUUACCACUGCAUGGACCCUGAGUGCAACUAUCAGAGAUUCACCAGUAAACAGGAUGUGAUAAGGCACUACAACAUGCACAAGAAGAGGGACAACUCGCUGCAGCACGGCUUCAUGCGCUUCAGCCCUCUGGAUGACUGCAGUGUGUAUUACCACGGCUGCCACCUGAAUGGCAAGAGCACUCACUACCACUGUAUGCAGGUGGGCUGUAACAAGGUGUACACUAGCACCUCAGAUGUCAUGACUCAUGAGAACUUCCAUAAGAAGAACGCACAGCUGAUAAACGACGGCUUCCAGAGGUUCCGCGCCACUGAGGACUGCGGGACUGUGAGCUGUCAGUUUUACGGACAGAAGACCACCCACUUCCACUGCAGGCGUCCCGGGUGCACCUUCACCUUCAAGAACAAGUGUGACAUUGAGAAGCACAAGAGCUACCACAUCAAGGAUGACGCGUACGCCAAGGACGGCUUCAAGAAAUUCUACAAGUACGAGGAGUGCAAGUAUGAGGGCUGCGUGUACAGCAAGGCCACCAACCACUUCCACUGCAUUCGCCAGGGCUGCGGCUUCACCUUCACCUCCACCAGCCAAAUGACGUCGCACAAGCGAAAACACGAGCGCCGUCACGUCCGCUCCUCGGGGAUGCUAGGCCUCACGUCCUCCUUCCUCCUGCCCAAGGAGGAGCAUGAAGAAUCCAGCAAUGAUGACCUGGUGGACUUCUCAGCCAUCAGCAGCAAGAACUCCAGCCUGAGCGCUUCGCCCACCACACAGCAGUCCUCCACUGUGCCCCACCUGAUGUCCACACCCACUACAGCCAGCACCUCCAGCCCCAGCGUCAAGCCCACUACCGCUCUGCCCGCCGCCAGCCGCAUCUCCACUCUCCUCUCACAGGCUCUUCCCAGCAACAUGCCUGUGGCCCUGGCGCUCUCUGGCAGUGCCCUGAGUGGUGCACCCAACUCGUUCUUCCCACUUUUACCCAGGCUGCCCCUGCAGAUGCCCCCAGCAGCUGCUGGCAUGAUCUCUGCCAUGAGCUCUAGUGCCCUCUCCACACCCCGAGACUCUGUGGCUCCAAGCUCCAGUUCAGUUGGUGAGGCGGCAUCUGUGGCCUCAACCCCAACUUCCUACUCUGCCUCCUCCAUCAUGGACAAGAUCUCGGCCAGUAAGGGCUUGAUAUCUCCCAUGAUGGCGAGGUUGGCUGCUGCUGCACUCAGUACUACGAGCAACCCUGACACAGGAAACGGACAGCAGGCUCAGGCAAGCCGGUUUAAUCCGGUUCAAGUGAAGCAGGAGCCAAUGGACAGCACCUCUGGCCCUCCCCAGGAGUCCAUGCAAGAACACAGCCUUGACCUGAGCAAGAAAGACCACGGUAAUGAAUCAAACGGACACCCUGUGCCGGGAAAUCCAUCUCUUUUAUCCUCACUUAUGAAUAAGAUGUCGCAGGUGAAUCCGGGUUUCUUUAGCGCUCUGAACUUGAAGUCGGAGCUGGAGAGCGGCCAGGCAGCUGAUAGCUCUGACGCAGCUCAGUACCUCAGCAGGCUGAUCAAAAGACCUGUUCCGGAAAAAUCCGCCGAGCUCUGGAAGACCUACCUGCGCAGAUAUGAUACUGACGAAGUCUGUGAUGCCCAGUGUGACUUCCUGCACAAAGUCCACUUUCAUUGUCUUGUGGAGGACUGCGGCGCACUCUUCAGUACGGUGGAUGGAGCCAUCAAACACUCCAACUUCCACUUCAGAGCCAACCUAAAGGUUAAACCAGAGACCGCUUUCAACGAGGCCAAGGAGUCCAGCGAGGGCGUCCCCAAUCAGCUCGCUGUGCCCGUCUCUGUGCCCAACACUCCGCCCAUGGACGUGCCCAGUGCAGCAGUGUCAGGGGCCUAUGCCUCUUCGCCUUCCUUGUUGGCAUGGAAGCAGCUGACGGGCUCCAUCCCCCCAGUUCCUGCUUCUGUGCCCAACAUGGCCGCCUCCUCGCCACUUGCUACCACUUCAUUGGAGAAUGCCAAGCCUCAGGUCAAACCGGGCUUCCUGCAAUUUCAAGACAAUGACCCCUGUCUGGCAACUGACUGCAAAUACUCCAACAAAUUCCACUUCCACUGUCUGUUUGGCAACUGCAAGUAUGUAUGUAAGACGUCUGGAAAGGCCGAGUCACAUUGCCUGGACCACAUCAACCCCAACAACAGCCUGGUCAACGUGCGAGAUCAGUUCUCUUACUACUCGCUACAGUGUCUCUGUCCCAACCCGCAAUGUGAGUUCAGGAUGAGAGGACACUAUCAUUGUCUGAGACAAAGCUGCUAUUUUGUCACCAACAUCACCACCAAACUGCCAUGGCACAUCAAGAAGCACGAGAAAGCUGAGCGACGUGCAGCCAACGGCUUCAAAUACUUCACCAAGAGAGAGGAGUGCGGCCGUCUCGGCUGCAAGUACAACCAGGUGAACAGCCACUUCCACUGCAUCCGUGAAGGCUGCAUGUUCUCCUUCCUGCUUAAGCACCAGAUGACAUCUCACGCCCGCAAGCACAUGAGGAGGAUGCUGGGAAAGAACUUUGACCGAGUCCCAUCCCAGGUGCUACCUCCAGGUCACCAGCCAGAGGACAUGCAGCACAUGGCUAGCAUGGCCUCUUCCGGCACCCACUCGAGCCUGACCCAAAGCUUUUCCAACAUGGCGGAUGACAACGAUGACUACAUGGACUACAUGGGUGGAGGAAGUCCACUGGGCCUCUCGUCUGAAUCCUCCAACCAAGACCGCAGCUGCACCAGCACUCCUGUGGGCAAUGACAGCUCCCCCGCAGGACCAGGUUCUCAGGUCCCUGCUGCUAAUCUUACUCCUACUCCCACUACCUCUGCUGACACUCUCCCCACCUCUCAAUCUGCACCUCCUCCUCCUCCACUUCCUCCUCCACCUCCUCCAUCUUUACCUCAAGCUCCGCUCCAGUCCCAGCCUCCUUCUUUCCCCCCAACCCUCCUGCGUCCUCCUCUUCCCUCACUCCCAUACCUCCUCUCUCCAUCCUGUGUCUCAUACUCUCUGCUCAGCGCCUCUCUUGGAGCCACUCGGAGUGUUGUCAUGCCAACCAACACACCAGCUUUCAGCCCCAUCAUUGCCACUCCGUCUCCGGUUAAAAAUGACGUGCCUAUAGUGCAGGACGCUGCAGGGAAUACCAUCUCCAUUCCAGCAGCAAGUGGCGCCAAGAAGCGCUUCUGGAUCAUCGAGGACAUGUCGCCGUUUGGCAAACGGCGCAAGACAGCAUCCUCACGCAAGAUGCUGGACGAGGGCAUGAUGCUUGAUGGUUUCCGCCGCUACGACCUGUAUGAGGACUGCAGGGACACAGCAUGCCAGUUCUCGCUCAAGGUGACUCACUACCACUGCACCCGUGAGAACUGUGGCUACCGGUUCUGUGGCCGCACUCACAUGUACAAACAUGCGCAACACCACGACCGCGUCGACAACCUUGUCCUUGAUGACUUCAAGCGCUUCAAGGCGUCACUGAGCUGCGACGUGGCUGACUGUCAGUUCUCAGGCAACUCAACACACUUCCACUGCCUGCGCUGCUCUUUCCGCUGCACAGACAGCACCAAGGUGACAGCCCACCGCAAGCACCACGGAAAGCAGGACGUAAUCAGCGCUGCCGGCUUCUGCCAGUUCAGCUCCAGCACCGACUGUGCCGUGCCCGAUUGCAAGUACAAGCUCAAGUGCUCGCACUUCCACUGCACCUACCCUGAGUGCAAGCACACGGUGGUAGGCAUGUCGCAGAUGGACUCGCACAAGCGCAAGCAUGAGAAACAGGAGCGUGGUGAAGUGCCCUCGUCUGUCUCUCCUAAUAGGGAGGCUGGGCAACACCAGACAGGGCUGGUGGCUCCACCAACUUCCAUUAGUCUACCCCCUACAUCACCUGGUGCUCAAGGGCUGCCGCACAAUAAUGCAGCCAUGUACCUCCCUUCAGCAAUGGGCACCGAGUACCCCAACCACCCACGCUCAACCCUCAGCCUGGAUGGCUCUCUGAACCUCGGCACCAACGUCAGCAGCUCACUGUUCUUCCUGAAGAAUGCCAGUGGCCUGGGCCUCAGCGACUCGCUGGACCUGAGCAAGAAGCUGCAACACCGCGAGGCACUGUUUCCUAUGGGGCCUGGAGCUUCCAUGCCUGCUUCCAUGAGCCUGAGCAAUCCACAGGAUGACACCACGGGCACGUCAGGUGAGCCCGAGGAUGAGCUCUCACCCGAUGAAGAGCCCACGCAUGAGGAUGAGGACGACGAGGACGACGAGGAGGAGCCGGAGGAAGACCUGAACACGGACUCAUAUGACGACUCCAUGCCCGAGCCCGAUGGAGAGAAAGACAAUGAAGAGUGUUUCGAUGCUUCCAUGAACCACGCCGAGGCUUCCCAACUGGAGAAAGACAAGUCUGAGGCUGACCUGUGAGCUACACUGUACGCACUCGAAGAAACAAUCCCUGCGUGCAAUGAACAAACCCCAGUUCGAGUGGCCUCGUUUAUCAAGUUUAGAGAUGCCGCACAUGACAAGGAAAUGACAAAUACGCAAGAAAAGUGAAGGCCCAAAAUGAUUUACGAUGUUUACAUGAUGACCAACAUUAUUAAUUUAAUUAUGCAUUAAAAAUGAACAGAGAAACAGACAGACGAGGCCGUCUUUUACACAUGGGUGGCAAUGUAAACAUUUUCCUACGCAUCAGUCUUUUUUCGUGUGUGUGCGUGCAUGUUUGAUUUUAAUUUAUUCUAUUUUGUUACUUUUUGUGUGUGGAUAAAAAAUAUAAGAAAAAAAACAGUCUAUAUAUAUGAAUAUCUAUAUACAGUAGAUGUGUGUGGAUGUUAAAAUACAUUUGAAGUGCAGUCACAGAACUGCGGAAUCCAAGAAAGAAAUGGCACGCUUUUAAAACAAAGGAGAAGUUUUUGUUUUUUUUUUUAAUGAAUGUGUUGAAACAACUGAUUCAUUAACAUCCUGCAUUAUUAUUAUUAUUAUUAUUAUUAUUAUUAUUAUUAUUAUUAUUAUUAGUGCAGGGGCCCGUAACAGUGCUUUGGCAUUUUCCAUUUCACACUUGAUUCACUUUUUUAAAGGUUAUUUCCAGUCAUCACAGUUCUCACAGAAAUGUUCUCAGUUGUGUCAUAGGCUCCAUUCCAUUUGGACAGUGUGUCUCUCGAGGACAAACAGUGACAGUGACUGCAAGUUUCAGGCCAUAACACAUCUAUCUCAGUAUAUGCACCUCACCAAAAAGCUAGCGUGCACUCCAUUUUUAUUUCCUCCUCUCUUUUCAAAUGUGGACCGUUCCCCCCCUCCCAUCCCAUCCCCCGGCAUUGCAUAUUGCUAGUGCACUUUUGUAUAGACGAGGUUAGAUAGUCAAGCCUCUAUUUAAAACGUUUUGUUACGGUGUGCAUCACUGCAUUAUUGUUGCUUUUUUUUUUUUUUUUUUUUUCGUUGUUAUUGUUGUCACUGUUAUCAUUGCAUUAGUCCUCCACUUGCACAGGCGUGACCAGUCGACGCUGGUGUUUGUUGCUGCAGAACGGCCCGUUGGGAAAACGGGACCAGACCGGGGAGGAUCAUGAAUACUUGAUGGUGCUGCUGCCCAGGGGGAAAAAAGGGAAUCAAUGCCAGCUCUUCGGCUCUCUAUGGACUCCCACAAUGCACUCAAGUAUCCAUCAGACACAAGGACGGAAGUGUGUUCUCUGAACGUAGGGAAGAUCUAGUAGCUUGUAGGUAAUUUUGUUCUUUCUUUCAUUACAAUUUGAGUAGCAUGGAUAUUUAAAAAAAAAAAAGGUAGUGAGAAAAUUCCCAGUUGGAGUCUGUGGUUGAAGAUUCUUUAGAAACCUCAUAUAUCUGCUCUUAACAGAGAGACUUUCUUGGGUAUGGAUUAAAAAUGGAGGAACGUGUCACAGAGUCGCUGUAAGAAAUGCUCGAGUGUGUGAAUAAUACAGACAAAAAGCUAUGUUUCAAGCUUCGUUUUCUCUUUCUGAAAGCUGUGGUCUAGCUCCGAUUGCAACCGUUUAUUUAAUAUUUAUGUGACCUUGCAAAGAGAAACGUUUAGGGUGUUUUUGCACUUUUUAGAUUCAUUUUUACCAGAAAUACAAUGGCAUAUAUCUUUUAACAGGGAAAUUGCUAUACAAUGUUUUUUUUUUUCACUUUGCUUUGAUGCACAAAUAAUUGUCGGUGUGACGAAGACCUGUUGUUCUGUGUUUUAUUUAAAAAAAAAAAAAAAAAAAAAGGGACUGAUUUUCUUUGCUUCUGAGAUUGGAUGAUUUCAAUAUGAAACAGGCAUGCCAGAAGCAAGGCUGCCUAACGAGUAACACUAAUGACGACUGUAAUUUAAAUGAAUUCUAUACAGAGGAAAUUACUGCAGUGCUCCGCUCCAAAUUACAGAAAAAAAAACAAUGAAUUUUAUUUGCCUGGCUUCAGCAGAAAAUGAGUGACUGUGUAGUGGAAAAAAAACUGAAGCGAGGAAAUUACAAUUAAUCAUUUCUUAAACACGGCUUUGAAAGAACUAUCAUAAUAUUAGGUAAUUAAAUGUGUAGAUGAUUAUCUUCAAAAUAUUGUUGCAGGAGGGAGAAAAGGUUGUAUAGUAUUUUCUUCUGUACAAAAAACUAUAUAUGAACAAAAUGCUCUUUGAUUAAAAGCUUCCUUUAAAAAGAAAACGGAUAAAAACUGCAGAAAUAAAGAAUAAAAGGUUAAUUACUGAAAGAAUAAGAAUAGUUUGCUCAUGUGUGUGAUUUUUUUUAUUUUAUUUUAUUGUUAUUCUCAUGGUUUCCCCAUAGAGAUAGCCGGUUAGUGGUGAAAAAUCUUUAAGCUGAUCAGUGUAGCACUGAAACAUUGAAGCUCCAAUUCUACUUUUGCAUUAGGAAAUCAUAUUUUAAAUACAGGGACAAUGUACAUCUGGUUCAUGGUUGGUUUAUUUAAUACCAUCUGUAAUUCAGUUUUUUUUUUUUUGUUUGCCAUUAUUUUUUCGUGUGAUUUGUUUUGUUUUGUUUUAUUUAAUGGAGUUUAUUGUUCACUUGUAUUCCAGCAUGUAUCUCUUGACAGGCUCUCUGCUCUCAAGUGCAAGCUGGACUCAAUUCAUGUCCACUCUCGUUGUUUCCUGAUUAAAAAUGACAAAAAUAAAAAGACACAAAAUGUUAAAAAAAAAAAACAACAACAAAACAAACAAAAAAACGGCUCUUUGGCUGGGAGAUGAUACUGUGCACUUGAAUACAUUUUAUGUGUGUAAAAUAGCAGGAUUUGUAAAAAGUUAAAAAAAUAAAGGAAAUCUAAUUAUUACAAGUCAAA